AUGGAUCGUGUGGAGCAGGUGCUUGAAGCGUUCAUGAAAAAUGAUGCUGUGGUGUUGUUCAGGGCGUUUACUAACCAAUAUAUUCUAAGUCCGCUUUCGAAGACCGAAUUUACGUCACAUUUGAUCGAAAGCAGCUCGUCUAGAUGCGUUACGGCGUUGCUGAUAUACGGCGGUUUAUUACUUGGACUCUAUGAAAUCGUGCUACAUACAGGUGUGGCGUUGAAUCUAUGGAGAAACCCAGCCGACGAGGUAUUCAAGGAGAUCCCGGUGCACUGUGCGCACGUGUAUGUAUCAAUCAACCUAUUGAAGGAGACAGACGACGAAAAGAAAGAGAAGGAGGGAGAAGAAGCGGAGAAGCCUCGUUACCUCCUUAAGUACCCUAUUGUGUACCACUUUGAGUUCAGUCCUGACGAAUAUGCACAUGAGGAAUACGGCACGGAUCUAAAGUUCAUCAGAGGAAAGGUGCAUGAGUGGUUUUUGACGUCGGAGGUCUACCACCACCACAAAAGAGAGAUCCAGGACGUCCAAGCCAAGGACUUCGAUUUCCAUGAUAAGAAGGGGAAGCUGCUGCAAGGCGAGGAGCAAUAUCUCUGUCACUUGGGGGUGGACACUGGUGACACUAUAUAUUGUGUUAUACGCUACUAG